ACUUGUUUGUUCUUUCCUCUUUCUUUCUCUCCUUAACCCAAGUGAAGACAAGUACUUCAGUGAAUCUGAGCCCUUCCCGUAGAACAACGGAAUCUUCAUGUGUUUCUCUCAGAUUCAGAUCAUCGCGGAUCAAAGUAGCAGCAGCAGCUUCUUAUCUACUAGUAUUUUGAUUUGAACCUGGCGAACCAGUUCAAACCCGGUAAUUUCAUCUCCCCUUGUUCGUAACAAUCAUAAACUCCAGUUCGUAAAUCUGUACUUUGCUUGUCAAGUACACGUUAUGCUACCCUCAAAUCAAUCCCAAAAUUGGAAGAAAACGUGAUUAUUCAUUCCUAUUAGAUCAUCACAUCAUUUUUUCCAAUGGAAGUCCCCAAAUCCCCUUCCAAAGAUAAGCGAUUCGCCAAGCAUAAAUCGCUUUUCAAAAUCGCUGCAAUCUCUCUUAUCAUAAUGACGCUCUUAUCACUGGGUUUCUACCUCGAAUCAGAUCAUUCUACACUCAAUGCGUCGUCGUAUUACACGGUGGUUAUCGAUUGCGGAAGCACGGGAACACGGGUGAAUGUAUAUGAGUGGAGGAGGAUGGUAGGGGGUGUAAUGAGUAAACCGAACUUGCCAAUUUUGCUGCAUUCUUAUCCUGAUAGCGCAACAAACAGUUCGCGCUCGCGUUCGAAAGCCUCUUGUCAAUAUCACUGUAUGCAAACUGAACCGGGGUUAGACAAAAUGGCUAAUGAUUCAUUAGGGGUUAGACAAGCUUUGGAGCCUUUGAUUGUGUGGGCUGAACAUCUGGUGCCGCGUGAAUUGCGCAGUGAGACUCCGAUUUUUGUUCUGGCUACUGCUGGGAUGAGGAGGCUGAGGAGUGUUGAUGCGGGUCGUGUGUUGGGGGAUGUCGAGGCUGUGCUGAAGGAGCACUCUUUUAUGUUUAGUAAGAGAUGGAUUAGGGUUUUGACUGGGAGGGAGGAAGCUUAUUAUGGUUGGCUGGCUUUGAACUACAAAAUGGGCAGCUUUGAUCAUGAUACUGGGGCUCCUACUUUGGGACUUGUUGAUUUGGGUGGCUCGUCGUUGCAGGUUGUGAUGGAGAUAGAUGGUCAGCAGGAUGAUGUGCACGCGAUGAGAUCAGAGCUUAGUACGGUUGAACAUCGGAUUUUGGCAUACUCACUGCCUGCAUUUGGUUUGAAUGAAGCAUUUGAUAGGACGGUUCUAAUGCUCAGAAACAAUCAGAGUGUGGAAAGAACCAGGAGUGUGCCUGAACUCAGACAUCCUUGUUUGAUGUCUACUUUAGUACAGAAUUAUACCUGCUAUUAUUGCUCUGGAUUUGAUGUCGCUUAUCAGAAAAAUGAUAGCCAACCCCAGAAAACUGGACUUCAUUCUUUACGUCUAAUUGGAGAACCGGAUUGGGAGCAAUGCAGAGAACUAGCUAUUGCUGCUGCUAUGAACUUGAGCAAUUAUGGUGUUUCACAUCCGGCAGUUCACAAAAAUUGCCAAGCUAAUUCAUUUUCAGGCACUGGUAUACUUAAUUUAACAGCUGUUAUGCUCCCAAUCAAGCAGUUUCAUGCUUUAUCUGGUUUCUUUGUUGUCUAUAAUAAGCUAAAUUUGAGCCCCAAAGCCAACUUAACAACGGUCUGGGAGUCAGGCAAGGAAAUAUGUUCAAAUUUAUGGGCCGGCUUGAGCAGUAUUUCAGACAAUCCAAAUUAUGCUGGACAAUUUUGUUUCCAGGUGGCUUAUAUGGCAUCAUUGAUUGAGUAUGGUCUAUGUCUCGGUGAUGUAGAAAUGGUAUUUGGUCCUGGUGAUGUUUCCUGGACACUAGGAGCAGCAUUGAUUGAAGGGAAAUUUCUGUGGUUAAAUACAACAAGCCUCAAAGCCCAGACUAUCAUUUCAACUUUAAAGAAUGUCAAGGUCAUGUCUUCCUCAACUUUUCUUUUUGCUGUACUUCUAUUGCUUUUAUUUAUUGUGUAUUUUAGUCAAAUCAAGCUACCAAUGCCAAGCAGGAGGGCUUCUACUCCUAGCCUAACUUUGCCAUCUUGUACUCUCACAAGACGCCGAUCUAAUUAAUAUUUUUGUGUUAUUGA